AUGGCGAGGAGCAUUUGGGCGGCAUGUCUGCUGGGCAUGCUACGUGUCGUGCAUGCGCAGGAGAUUGCACGAGCCAACACGACCGUGACAAACAGCGACAGGAAUGGCACAGAGGUCGGAAUCCUUCAUGGCAACAAGGUCGUGUCGCAGUACCCUCUUAGCCCGCUGAAGAAUGGCACUUCAAUACCGGACGGCGGAUUACGUGGAAACAUUACAAUCGGUUCACCCGACACAGAACUCGGCAUCAAGAGUACUGACAUUGUUGUGUUGCAAUGCGAUCCUUGGACCGGCAACCUUCAACCCUCUUCAACAUUUCAAUCUGCCCUGAUUCGGAUGCCAGUAGCCAUUAUCCUAUACUCGACAGAAGCCGACUCUUGCAGUCUAUCCGGACCUUCGACCACAUACGACCAGAUAUACACCAUGAAGAGCAGCGAGGACAGUAAGAAGAUGAUCAAGGACGCUCAGGUGAACAAUGCCGAUGCUUUGAUUGCUCGAGCCGAUUUCGUAGCGAAUGCUGGCUCAACUGAGACCAGCAACGCGAACUCAGGAAAUGGGUCAGGUCAAUCGGGUUCGACUUCUUGGGGACCUUCGCCAAGCACUGCCGUUGCCAUGAUCAUCUUGUACUCAAUCACUGGAAUCAUCACGGCGCUCUUCUUGGUAAUCAUCAUCACGGGUGCUGUUCGUGCCCACCGACAUCCGGAACGAUAUGGACCUCGGAACAUUGUUGGAAGACCUCGUCAAAGUCGUGCUCGUGGGUUGGCGAGAGCUAUGCUUGAGACAUUGCCUAUUGUGCGCCACGGCGAAUCCCAAGAGGAAGGACGGAACAAGCCUGCGGAUGUGGAGCUGGCGGAACACGGACCAGUGGAAAUGGUCGCUGGUCAGGAGGCAACGCAAACUGCAACACGCGAAUCCCAAACUACCCCAGUCGCACCUGGUGGUAUCGCUGCCGCUACAGAGACCUCAAACUCCACUCCAGAAGAAAACAGCUUAGGAUGCAGUAUUUGUACUGAGGACUUUGCUGUUGGAGAGGAUCUCCGCGUCCUGCCUUGCGACCACCGCUACCACCCAGCUUGUAUAGAUCCAUGGCUGCUUAAUGUGUCAGGCACAUGUCCUUUGUGUAGAAUUGACCUCCGACCGCAAGGUCCAGAAGAGGAGUUGGAUGCGGCUGGCAACCCAAUUCCUCGCGAGGGCGAUGCCAUGUCUCCACCACUCAACACUGAACACCAAAGAUCAAGCUUUCGUCGAAGCUUGAUGAUUGGAUUGACUGGUAUUGGGCGCCCGGAGCGCAUGACCCGUGAGCAACGGGUUGCUGCUAUCCGACAGUAUGCUGAACAGCAGCGGGCAGCGAGAGCUGAAGGUGGCGAUGCUGUGACUUCUGUGKAGGAAGAGAGCAGUAUGCGGAGGAGAUUAAGGAAUGCAUUCCGUGUGAGAACUAGACGGACGGGUGCGGAUGGUCAGGUGCAGGAGGUUGCUGACCCGCCGACUGCUGCUGAAAGUGAGGCUGCAGGAAAUGGAACCACGCCACGAUAG